GCAGCUAAUUUGCCUGCAUCGUGAGAGAACACGGAGCCUUUUCGUGUUGUAUAAAUCUUUGUCAAGAUUCAAAUAAGGCUGCCCUAAAAAAAAGAUUCAAAUUAGGCCAUAGCUGGUAGCUACUUCUCCUCUGCCCGUGCGCCCUCCCCCCUCGUCACGCCGCCGCAUCGCCUGGCCGCCUGACUCCCGUCCGGCCGCCGUCCCGUAGCAGCGUCGCCCUUCCCGGCCGCCUGCUACGUCCGCGCCGCGCCCUACCGCACUGCCGCGCGCCUUGCUCGCGCCGCCGCCCGGUACUCGCGCCGCUUCAGGUCGCGCGCCGCCGCUGCCAGGGAGCCACGCCGCCUCUCCACCAGGAAGCCGCGCCGCCCCCGCGAGGAAGCCGCCUCCCCCCGUCCGAUUGACUGCGCCAUGACGUCCUCCACGACUUCCUCGGCCAUGUAUUAGUUCUCUAAAGGACAUCAGUUUCACACCUCCUGAAAGCUACAGUAGGAAUAGCAAAUUUGGAACGACUAACCUAGCUCUAGUCGAAUUCCACUCUAUUUAUAUCACCUUAAGUCCUUAAUUGUCACACAAAAGCCUCAAACACAAAGUUGAAUAGCAAGCAACCAUGGGCGGCAGUAGCAAGAGGCAUGGCCUCUUUGGAAUUGUGAGUUCCAGAUACAUGCUCAUCACCAGUUGUCUCAUUUAUGCUGUUCAUGUCCUUCCUAUGUGCAUAGCUCAUCCUUCUGAUGAGCAAGCACUGCUUGCAUUCAAGGCCGGAAUCUCUGGUGAUCCGAAUGGAGUGCUUGCCGCAUGGACACCCUCCAAUGGCAGGUUGAAUGCCACGGAUAGUAUGUGCCGGUGGAGCGGUGUGUCAUGCCGCUCCCAACGGCACCCUGGCCGUGUCACAGCACUGGAGCUCAUGUCAUCUAACCUGACGGGUGUAAUCAGCCCAAGCCUGUCCAACCUCCCCUUCCUCCACACACUCAACCUCUCUAGCAACCGCCUCUCUGGCAGCAUCCCCUCGGAGCUUGGCCUUCUGCGGCGCCUCCAAGUCAUCAGCCUCGGAGGGAAUUUCCUCACUGGUGAGAUACCAACAUCUCUCACCAAUUGUGCCCGUCUCACCCAUUUGGAGUUGCAACGGAAUGGGUUGCAUGGUGAGAUCCCAGUGAACUUGAGCUACUGCAGGGAGCUCCGGGUUUUCAAUGUCAGUGUGAACACCUUGUCGGGUGGUAUUCCUCCAUCCUUUGGGUCACUGUCGAAGCUUGAGUUCUUUGGGCUUCAUCGUAGCAACCUCACCGGCGGCAUUCCCCCGUCGUUGUGUAACCUCUCAUCACUCCUGGUAUUUGACGCCAGUGAGAAUUUUAAUUUGGGUGGUAGCAUACCAGACAUGCUAGUGAGACUAACCAAACUGAACUUUCUGAGGCUAGCUUCUGCUGGCCUUGGAGGCAAAAUCCCAACCUCGCUGUUUAACAUAUCAUCCCUUAGGGUACUUGACUUGGGAAACAAUGAUCUAUCUGGUGUGCUGCCUGAUGACAUUGGUUCCACUCUACGACGAAUUGAAUUCCUUUCUUUGUACAACUGCGGGCUCAAAGGGCGCAUCCCGCCGUCAAUAGGCAACAUGACAGGACUGUAUCUGAUCCAGCUUCACAUUAACAGACUGCAGGGUAGUGUGCCACCUGACAUUGGCAGGCUGAAGGAUCUUAAGGUGCUGAACCUGGAGUCUAACCAGCUUGAGGACAAAUGGGACAGGGACUGGCCUCUGAUACAAGCACUAGGGAAUUGCAGUAGGCUGUUUGGGCUGAGCCUUUCUAGUAACAGGUUUCAAGGUGUGCUUCCCCCUUCUCUUCUCAACCUCACCAUUGGCAUACAACAAAUCUUAAUGAAUGGAAACAGGAUAAGUGGUUCGAUGCCCCAAGAGAUUGGCAGAUUCAGUAAACUCCGUGUUCUUGCGCUCGCUGACAAUGCCUUGACUGGUACCAUUCCAGACACCAUUGGUGGUCUUUGCAACAUGACUGGGCUAGAUGUCUCUGGCAACAACUUAUCUGGAGAGAUCCCACCUAUGCUUGUUGCAAACCUUACUCAACUUUAUUUCCUGGAUCUGUCACAGAACAAAUUGCAUGGAAGCAUACCCGAGAGCCUUGGAACUAUGAGAAAUAUUGCAAUCCUAGACUUGUCGUACAAUCAGUUUAGUGGCAUGAUACCAAAACAGGUUCUCAGUCUCUCCUCUCUAACCCUGUUCCUUAACCUGUCUCGCAACAUCUUCUCAGGUCCAAUACCUUCAGAAGUAGGUAGAUUGACCAGCCUUGGGAUUUUGGACUUGUCAAACAAUAGGCUCUCAGGAGAGAUACCACAGGCGCUCUCGCAAUGCCAAGCGAUGGAGCACUUAUUUCUGCAGGGAAAUCAGCUUGUUGGUAGGAUUCCCCAAUCACUCAGCUCCCUGAAAGGGCUUGAAUACUUGGACAUGUCACAGAAUAACUUGUCCGGUUCAGUCCCUGAUUUCUUAUCGACAUUGCAGUACUUGCGUUACCUAAACCUGUCCUACAACCAGUUUGAUGGACCAGUGCCGACAAAAGGAGUAUUCAAUGAUUCAAGAAACUUCUUUGCUGCUGGGAACAGAGUUUGUGGUGGUGUUUCAGAGUUGCAGCUGCCGAAAUGUUCUGGUACUGAUAACUCUGGUAAGAGGUUAUACAAAUCAAGAACUGUACUGAUCCUGAUUAUUACCAUAGGAUCUUUCUUGGCCCUAAUCCUCAUCACAUGCACGUUUGUGAUGUAUGCAAAGCGACUGAAUCAGCAGCUUGUGCAGAGUAACGAGACAUCUCAUGUGCCAAAGUUGAUAGAGCAGCACUGGAAAUUGUCCUAUGCUGAACUGCACAGGUCUACCGAUGGGUUUUCUGUAGCUAAUCUCAUUGGUGUUGGAAGCUUUGGCUCAGUGUACAGAGGAACACUAGGUAAUGAAGGGCAGGAAGUCGCAAUAAAAGUACUGAACCUCCUACAGCAUGGCGCUGAGCGGAGUUUCCUAGCUGAAUGUGAGGCGCUGAGAAGUAUCCGACACCGCAAUCUAGUAAAGGUCAUCACAGCCUGUUCAACCAUGGAUCACAGUGGGAAUGAUUUUAAAGCUUUGGUGUAUGAGUUCAUGCCUAACAGAGACCUGGACAAAUGGCUUCGUCCAUUCAUUGGGGAUAGUGAGAGUUCCUCUCGGACACUAACCAUGGGUGAAAGAGUGAGCAUUGCCCUCGACGUUGCUGAGGCUCUUGACUAUCUCCACCACCAUGGCCAUGUACCAAUUGUCCACUGUGAUCUGAAACCGAGCAAUGUCCUUCUCGACAACGACAUGGUUGCCCAUGUAGGAGACUUUGGUCUGUCACGUUUUGUUCAGGGAGCAAACAGCAACUCAUUCCAAAACACUAGUAGUACAGCUGGAAUCAAGGGUACCAUUGGAUACAUUCCUCCAGAGUAUGGAAUGGGUGGUGAAAUUUCGGUGGAAGGCGAUGUCUACAGCUACGGGAUUCUCCUUCUCGAGAUGUUCACUGCGAAGCGGCCAACCGACCCUUUGUUUCAGGGAGGCCAAAGCAUCCGCAGCUAUGUUGCAGCAGCUUACCCUGGGAGAGUCAUGGAAGCUGCUGAUCCAACGCUUGUUCAUCACAAUGAGAAUAACAUGGAUGAUGGAAGUUUAGAGGAGUGCAUGCUGUCAGUGUUCCGAGUCGCAUUGCGAUGCACGGAGCAAUCACCGAGAGCAAGGCUGAUCACUAGAGAUGCCAUCAGAGAGCUAAUUGCUGUGAGGGAUGAGAUUAGAGAAGGUAGCUACUAGCUAGCUGCAUGUAUACCUGCUCAAAUUGUUGUACAACACAUUUACAUUGUCUUGGGUGCUAUGCUUUAGUAGGCAUGUCUGUGGAAUGAUGAAAGCAUAGCCUGAGCAAAAGAGAGCAUAUGCACCAGAAAUAAUUAAUCAGAAUUUCUUGAUCUGCACAAAUAUAGUGUGAACAUUAUGCUGUUCAGUUU